AUGGUUAGUGGCAGGCAGGACCUGGCCCCGAGUCCAGGGCAGCACCAGCGUUGGGCGCUCUCGAUUCACGCUGAUCUCGUCUUCCAGCCCAAGCCACGUAGCCGGCGGCCGGAGACUGCCGGCAGAGAAAGAACCGUCUUCUUGCGUAGGACUCAGCCUGUCUCCAAGGGGCCAUGCCUGUGGUGGAGUCACUGGUCUCCCUGCGGCUACCGUGGCCAGGAGCGGCGCAGGACUCAGAGCAUCAACAGUGCCUUCGCCGAACUGCGCGAGUGCAUCCCCAACGUGCCCGCCGACACCAAACUCUCCAAGAUCAAGACGCUGCGCCUGGCCACCAGCUACAUCGCCUACCUCAUGGACCUGCUGGCCAAGGACGACCAGAACGGCGAGGCGGAGGCCUUCAAGGCGGAGAUCAAGAAGACAGACGUGAAAGAGGAGAAGAGGAAGAAGGAGCUGAACGAAAUCUUGAAAAGCACAGUGAGCAGCAACGACAAGAAAACCAAAGGCCGGACGGGCUGGCCGCAGCACGUCUGGGCCCUGGAGCUCAAGCAGUGAGGAGGAGGAGGAGGAGAAGGAGGAGGAGAGCGCGAGUGAGCCGGGGCCGAGGCGCCAGAUGCAGACCCAGGACUCCGGGCAAGCCCUCUGCGCUCCGCUCUGAGGACUACUUGCAUUUGGAAUCAUCCGGUUUAUUUAUGUGCAAUUUCCUUCCCCUCUCUUUGUCCCCCUUUGAAGCAUCCGAUCCCCACCCCCCCUCCAAAAAAAGUGGAUAUUUGAAGAAAAGCAUUCCAUAUUUUAAUAUGAAGAGGACACUCCUGCGUGGUAAGGGAUCCCGUCGUCUCGUAGAUUCUGUGUGUGAAUGUUUCCUUUUGGCUGUGUAGACACCAGCGUUGCCCCCUGCCCCCCACCCAACCCCUUCCAGAUAAAGAGAGCGGACAUUA